UGCAUAAGAGACGUUCGUCGCCAUCCUGAAAGGGAUGGGCGACCCUAACGUGAGCCAGACACGAUGGCGCUGGGGCGCUGAUCGUGCUGCAUAAGAGACGUUCGUCGCCAUCCUGGAAGGGAUGGGCGACCCUAACGUGAGCCAGACACGAUGGCGCUGGGGCGCUGAUCGUGCUGCAUAAGAGACGUUCGUCGCCAUCCUGGAAGGGAUGGGCGACCCUAACGUGAGCCAGACACGAUGGCGCUGGGGCGCUGAUCGUGCUGCAUAAGAGACGUUCGUCGCCAUCCUGGAAGGGAAUGGGGCGAUCCGAACGUGAAAGAGACACGAUGGCGCUGAGAAGCCGAUCGUGCUGCAUAGGACGGUCGUCGCCAUCCUGGAGAGAAUGGGCGAGCCGAACCGUGAAGCCAAGUACGAUGGCGUCGAGGGGCCGAUCGCACUGCAUAAGACGUUCGUCGCCAUCCUGGAGGGAAUGGGGCGAUCCGAACGUGAAAGAGACACGAUGGCGCUGAGAAGCCGAUCGUGCUGCAUAGGACGGUCGUCGCCAUCCUGGAGGGAAUGGGCGAGCCGAACCGUGAAGCCAAGUACGAUGGCGUCGAGGGGCCGAUCGCACUGCAUAAGACGUUCGUCGCCAUCCUGGAGGGAAUGGGGCGAUCCGAACGUGAAAGAGACACGAUGGCGCUGAGAAGCCGAUCGUGCUGCAUAAGACGGUCGUCGCCAUCCUGGAGGGAAUGGGCGAGCCGAACCGUGAAGCCAAGUACGAUGGCGUCGAGGGGCCGAUCGCACUGCAUAAGACGUUCGUCGCCAUCCUGGAGGGAAUGGGGCGAUCCGAACGUGAAAGAGACACGAUGGCGCUGAGAAGCCGAUCGUGCUGCAUAGGACGGUCGUCGCCAUCCGUAAAGCCAAGUACGAUGGCGUCGAGGGGCCGAUCGCACUGCAUAAGACGUUCGUCGCCAUCCUGGAGGGAAUGGGGCGAUCCGAACCGUGAAGCCAAGUACGAUGGCGUCGAGGGGCCGAUCGCACUGCAUAAGACGUUCGUCGCCAUCCUGGAGGGAAUGGGGCGAUCCGAACGUGAAAGAGACACGAUGGCGCUGAGAAGCCGAUCGUGCUGCAUAGGACGGUCGUCGCCAUCCGUGAAGCCAAGUACGAUGGCGUCGAGGGGGCGAUCGCACUGCAUAAGACGUUUGUCGCCAUCCUGGAGGGAAUGGGGCGAUCCGAACGUGAAAGAGACACGAUGGCGCUGAGAAGCCGAUCGUGCUGCAUAAGACGGUCGUCGCCAUCCUGGAGGGAAUGGGCGAGCCGAACCGUGAAGCCAGGUACGAUGGCGCUGAGGGGCCGAUCGCACUGCAUAAGACGUUCGUCGCCAUCCUGGAGGGAAUGGGCGAGCCGAACCGUGACGCCAGGUACGAUGGCGCUGAGGGGCCGAUCGCACUGCAUAAGACGUUCGUCGCCAUCCUGGAGGGAAUGGGGCGAUCCGAACGUGAAAGAGACACGAUGGCGCUGAGAAGCCGAUCGUGCUGCAUAGGACGGUCGUCGCCAUCCUGGAGGGAAUGGGCGAGCCGAACCGUGAUACAGAAAAAUAGUGAUGAUCAUCUCAUGGCCCUCGGCCUGUCGGUGAGUGGUAAUCGUCCCACGGCCCUCGGCCGUGCUGGUGAUGUGUCAAGUCUCUCUCCUGAUUGACUGUGAGAAGCCGAUCGUCUGCCAGGACUCCAUCCGGGAAGGAAUGGUGAGCCUGAAAUAAAUCUGGGCGAUGUCCCUUCUACCUGAUCUGGGGAGCUAAUCGUCAUUCGAGGCAAAAGAAACCCUGAUGUUAGCCGAUCGUCGUCGGCCACUUCAUUCUUCGUACUUAAGUCUUGUAAUUAUUCUUUACAUAUGUUUUUCAGUUUGUACUUCACAGCCAAUAGUGCCAAGGAAUAAAAUCAUUCUUUGCUCCGUGCUCUUCUGGCAUCUUUUUUUUUUUUUUUUUUUUUUUUUUUUUUUGGAGUCUUCUGGUCUUCGUUCGUCAUUGGUCCUUGGUCCUACCGGCGUUCUUACAUCGAAGAUACGUUCGGUAUCCGCGGACAUCGCAAUGAGGAACAGGUAUAUCUACAUCGAGAUUCCCUCCCUUUUUCGUUCGUCCCUGGUCCUUUUAGUCUUACCGGCGUCUCUUGCAUCGAAGAAGACGUUCGGUACCCAAGGAACUCGCAGGGACGAACUGGUUUACCCUCACGGGUUCCCGUCUUUGUUAUCCCACGUCCAUCGAUCCAUGGUCAUUUGUGGGAUAAACAGGUUUAUCUUGGCAGGCUCCCUUGGUUCGUCUAGCCCCCUCCACGUCUCUACUAACCUCUACAUCGAGAGGCGUUCGUCUUCGGCGGUGGGAGAAGAUCUGGCACACCCGGGCAAGAUUCCCUUCCACAUAGGAGCUACCCUCCUCUUCUCCCCAUCUUCUUUUUUUUUUUUUUUUUUUUUUUUUUUUUUGUUUGAGGGAGGCAAUCUAUAUUCUUCGUUCGUCAUUGGUCCUUGGUCCUACCGGCGUUCCUACUUCGAGGAGACGUUCGGUAUCCGCGGACAUCUCAAUGAGGAACAGGUUUAUCUGCAUCGAGAUUCCCUGGCGCUUCGUUCGUCCCUGGUCCUUGGUCCUACCGGCGUCCUUACUUCGAGGAGACGUUCGGUAUCCGCAGACAUCGCAAGGAGGAACAGGUUUAUCUGCAUCGAGAUUCCCUGGUGCUUCGUUCGUCCCUGGUCCUUGGUCCUACCGGCGCCCUUACUUCGAGGAGACGUUCGGUAUCCGCAGACAUCGCAAGGAGGAACAGGUUUAUCUGCAUCGAGAUUCCCUGGCGCUUCGUUCGUCCCUGGUCCGUGGUCCUACCGAUCUUCCUACAUCGAAGAAGACAUUCGGUAUCCAAGAAACUCGCAGGGAUCACGGGAUGUCACACAUAAUGGUGGUGGCAUACCAACACGAAUAAAAUGACGGGGCGACGGAAUAGCUGGUCGUCAUGCGAAGGCGAUGGUCACCCUCCUGGAGGGGAGGGGUAAGCCCGAUCGCUGACUCAAGAAGGUCGGCAUUGGGAACCGAUAUACAAUGAUCAUAAUGUCGCUGAGCAGUCGGUCCUGAUAAUGGAGAUGGCAAUAGUGUCCGGUCAGGCCGAUAUAUCCGAGCAACGGCUCUCAUCCAACGCAGCGCGGGGAUGAAACCGGUCUUCAAAAGAUAAAUAUGUCGUGCCGAGAGGCCGAACAUAACAUGAUAGUGUCGGCAGUGAGAGGCCGACCUGAAAGAAUCAAACAACGGUCCUCGUCCGCGGGGUGGCGGGGACGAGGCCGGUCUUCAAGAGACAAGCACGCCGAGCCGAGAGGCCGGUCGUGGUAUAAUGGUGUCGGCAAUGAGCGGCCGAUCUGAGAAAAUCAAGCAACGGCCCUCGUCCGCGAGGGCGGGGACGAGGCCGGUCUUCAAAAGAUAAGCACGCCGAGCCGAGAGGCCGGUCGUGAUAUGACGAUAUCGGCAAUGAGAGGCCGAUCUGAGAAAACAAGCAACGGUCCUCAUCCGCGCAGUGCGGGGACGAGGCCGGUCUUCAAAUAUGAACACGCCGAGCCGAGGGGCCGGUCGUGGUAUGAUAAUGUCGGCAAUGAGAUGCCGGUCAAGAUAUGGUCAAGCAACGGUCCUUGUCCACGAGGUGGCGGGGACGAGGCCGGUCUUCGAAUGUGAUCAUCACGCCGGUCCGAGAGGCCGGUCGUGGUAUAAUGGUGUCGGCAAUGAGCGGCCGAUCUGAGAAAAUCAAGCAACGGCCCUCGUCCGCGAGGGCGGGGACGAGGCCGGUCUUCAAAUAUGAACACGCCGAGCCGAGAGGCCGGUCGUGAUAUGACGAUAUCGGCAAUGAGAGGCCGAUCUGAGAAAACAAGCAACGGUCCUCAUCCGCGCAGUGCGGGGACGAGGCCGGUCUUCAAAUAUGAACACGCCGAGCCGAGGGGCCGGUCGUGGUAUGAUAAUGUCGGCAAUGAGAUGCCGAUCAAGAUAUGGUCAAGCAACGGUCCUCGUCCACGAGGUGGCGGGGACGAGGCCGGUCUUCGAAUAUGAUCAUCACGCCGGUCCGAGAGGCCGGUCGUGGUAUAAUGGUGUCGGCAAUGAGCGGCCGACAUGAAAGAACCAAGCAACGGUCCUCAUCCGCGCAGCGCGGGGACGAGACCGGUCUUCAAAAGAUGAACACGCCGAGCCGAGGGGCCGGUCGUGGUAUGAUAAUGUCGGCGAUGAGAGGCCGACCUGAAAAUCAGGAUGGUCUCACGGCCCUCGGCCGUGAUGGUCUCCUCUAGGCCCUCGGCCUCUGAAUGAUGGAUGAUCGUCUCACGGUCCUCCGCCGUGGUAGUCCACUAUAGUCCUCGGCCUCUAGGUGUUCUCUCCUAGGCCAUCGGUCUCUAGGGUGGAGAUGCUCGUCUCACGGUCCUCCGCCGUGAUGGUCUCCUCUUUAGCUGGCCCUGAACGUCUUCAAGACUCGGGCCGAGCGUCUUUUAAUCAUUUCACUCGAGCGCGUCGAGUGAUUUCAGCUGCGCAAUAAGCAUGGUAACGGCCACAUGGCCCAACAAUAAAUAUGCACACAUAACCAUCUGCAUGGGUCAUCGUGGCUUCCCUCUAACACCCACGAUUACCGGCCUAUGGGUCAUCGUGACCCUCGACCCGGCUCAUCGUGCGGGGUUAAUGGACGUAGUAGCUCGCGGCGGGGCCAAUUAGCAGCCCGCCGAACGUCACAUAGAAAUAUUCACCGGUCCGUGAGUUUUCAAACUCAGACCCAAGUUGGUCGCACUACCCUCGAAAAAUGAGGUUGAGCACUUCGGUGCCCUCGGGCCCCACAGGCCACGUUUGGCACGGUCACUUCGCCUAGUGGCGCAGAUGGUACUAGGGUACGAUCGUCGCUCGGGCACUUGGUGCCGUGCGGACCAAUGCGUAACCCCCCAAUUAAAAUGCGUCGUCGGGGCAUCGCCCUUCUGGAGACGCUCAAAUCGCUUAAUCAAGCCGAUCGAGAGUGGGCCAAUCGGGCCCACAAGAAAUUAAAUAUCCAAUAAAAUGUUGGCUGAACCAACCAUCACUAGAGCUUCGCUCCACAUUAUUUAAUUCGGGACAUUUUUAUCCCUAAUAAAUAAUGGUGACGUAACAGGUAAUAGCAAUGAUAUUUUCCUAUCAAAGGCCAUUCAGGUAAGCUCCGCUCGCUAAUUAAAGCCGAUUGGGAGCGGGCCUACGAGCCCACAAUAACCCAUCAUUUUAAUUAAAAUGAUGGUGAAAAUAAUUAUCACUAGAGCAUCGCUCCACAUUAUUUAAUUUCGGGGGGUUUUACCCCUAAUAAAUAAUGGUGAUAAAAAUAAUUUAACCAAUAGCAGGAAAAUUAUUCUAUAGCAUCAACAAAUAAACAAAUAAAUGUUCCAAUCUAAAGUGUGGGUACUUAGCUUUAUGGGGUUCGGCCAGCUGAUAUCAUAAAGUAGAGAAAGGUGAGCUUUCCCCAAUCUUGACUUGGUCAAAAUUCCUUCAAGGACAUUGGCUCUCCACUGUCUGGCCUCUGUUUCUCGGACGUGGCCUGCCUUAGACCAAGGCAUCAUGUGCGGAGUGCAUCUCUUAGAAAGGGCAGGUGGAGCACCUUCCUACCAAACCAGACGCAGCCCGUCCGUGCCGGCCACCUUCUGCCGGGGGAGAUGGGGUCGCAGCGUUGCAAGGACGGCCAGAAAAGCUACUCCCCGGUGGAAGCUUAACCGAAAUUGCUAAACCCCUCUUAUGAGCUCGAAACCACCAUUAAUGGCGGAAACCAAGGAUGUGUCUGGUCGGAAAAUCCCCCGAGUUGGGUCGGCAGCGAGGUUGAGCCCUGAGCAGCGACUGACCAGACGGAGGUGCGACCACCGUCUUUGAUCUUCCGGCGGUGCGGCGAACCGCGGCUGGCUCGGAGAGCUUCUGACGUUACACGGCGGAGAUUUGGCAGAUGCUCCGGCGGCGGCGAUGCUCCGGCGGCGGCAGCUAAACAGAGAAAAAUCCAGACAGCCCAAAUCUUCCAAAAUCCUCCUUUCCCUUCUUCCUCUUUGCUGAAGAACAGUCAAAUCUUCGAAUGAUUUUUUUUUCAGAAAUGAAGAACAACGUGAAUCUUUUUGGACAGAUUCCCACAGACGGCGCCAGUGUUGAGUUUAAUCCAACACGAUAUAGUAAAUAUAUGUAUAAAUGUGUAUGAACAACUCAGUUUUUACGUGGAAACCCGAAAGGGAGAAAACCACGGGACUUUUUAGGCUAAUGUCCAAGCCCUCUCAAUUCUCAUUAGGCUCUCCUCACCAUUACAUUAUACAAGCUUGAAGCUCCCAUUAAU